AUGGAAACUAAGCAAAACCAUCACCGGAAUGUUCAGCUUCGUAGACAGUGUGGUUACCAUAACGGAGUAACUGUGGAUCCAAUUGGUCUUGCUGGAGGUUUGAGUGUGUGGUGGAAGACGGGUGUGGAUGUUCAAAUUAAUGACACUUCCCGUUCUUGGAUUGAUGCUACGGUGAAAAUAGAAAAUGAGAAAAUUCAUUGCAGAUGCACGUGGUUUUAUGGUACGCCCUACAGUGAAGAGAAAUACCAAUUUUGGGAUGCUAUGCUUCAAUGGGACCAAGUAGAGAAUAUGCCAUGGAGUAUUGUGGGGGAUUUCAAUGAAAUUUGUUGGCAAUCUGAGAAAGAAGGUGGAUCGGGUUGGAAUCCGAGACCAAAACGUUACCUUGUGGAUUUUGUGAACAAGUUGAAUUUAGUUGAUUUGGGGUUUAUUGGUCAGCCCUUUACUUGGGAGAGACUUAUUGGUGGGGAGAUUUCUGUUCGAGAAAGAUUGGACAGAGGGCUUUGCAAUAUUUGCUGGGUAGAGGCUUGGCCUAGUUCGAAUGUUUCCCAUUGCCCAAGGAUAGCCUCUGACCAUUGUCCUAUUUUGUUUGAUAACAAUCCCAAUAUGCCUAAAGGAAGAAAGCUUUUCCGUUUCGAAUCUCAAUGGGCUGAAGAUGCUGACUGCCAGAGGGUAGUUGAUGAAGGGUGGAAGGCUAUGAUGGGAACUCCUGGUACCAGACAAUGGCUAAUUAAUCUUAAGGAGUGCAGGAAUGCCUUAAUUAAAUGGAGUCGAAUUCGACACCCUAACAACAAAGUGAAAAUUGCAGAGGUGUUAAAGGAGCUUAAUGUGAGGCAAGCCAAUCAGGAUAUUGGGACCUUUUUGAAUGAGCAAAACCGACUGAUGUCGGAGUUGGAGCAAUUAUGGAAGAAUGAAGAGCUUUACUGGAAACAAAGAUCAAGGGUAAGUUGGCUCAAAGCUGGUGAUGCUAAUACUCGCUUUUUCCAUUUAACUACUAUCCAGAGAAGGCAAAGGAACCGCAUUUGGAAGAUUAAGAAUGAGGCUGGAGUAUGGAUAGCGGGUGACAAAAUGAUACAAAAUGAGUUUCAAAAUUAUUUUGUGAACUUGUUUAAGUCCAGUGGCCCUCGAAAUUGGAAUGGUAUCUUGGACCAUAUCCCUAAGUUGGUUAAUAAUGAUAUGAAUGGAGAGCUUAUGCGUCCCUUUAGCCUGGAGGAAGUGAAAGAUGCAAUUUUCCAACUUGGGUCCCUUAAGGCACCUGGCCCAGACGGCUUUCCAGAUAUGUUCUACCAGAAGUAUUGGCUUUCUGCGCAAGAUAUUAUUUUUAGAUCAGCUGAAGAGUUUUAUACAGGGCAAUCCCAUAUUCGUGACAUGAACAAAACUUUCAUUGCGUUGAUUCCUAAGGUGCUUGCUCCUGAGUCCACCUCACAGUUUAGACCGAUCAGUCUAUGCAACACUUCGUACAAGAUUUUGUCCAAGCUACUUGCCAACCGGUUAAAGUCUCUCAUGCCCCACCUUGUUUCUGAUUCCCAAAAUGCCUUCUUGGCUGACCGUCAGAUUCAUGAUAAUGUGAUUGUUGCUCAUGAAGCCUUUCAUUAUCUUAAGCUCAAGAGAGCGGGACACAAGUAUGAAGUGGGAAUUAAAAUUGACAUGAACAAGGCUUAUGAUAGGGUGGAGUGGGAUUUUCUGGAAGCUCUGUUACAAAAGCUUGGUUUCCAUUCAGGAUGGAUCAGAUUGGUUAUGUUGUGUAUUAGAACCGUCUCUUUCUCUGUUUUAGUGAAUGGCCAACCUGGUUCGUCCUUCUUGCCUUCAAGAGGGUUAAGACAAGGUGAUCCCCUAUCACCCUACCUCUUCCUUUUGGUGUGCGAAGCGCUUUCAUGUAAUCUAACCAAGCUGGUGCAAGAUGGUGUCAUUAAUGGUAUUCGAGUAUCUAGGCGAGCUCCAAUUCUGUCUCAUCUCUUCUUUGCAGAUGACUCACUAUUUUUUGUUAAAGCUGAAGAAGAAAACUGCUCUAGAUUAAAGGGUCUACUUGAUGAUUACUGUCUCGCAUCUGGUCAGUUAAUUAAUUAUGAGAAAUCUAGUCUUAUGUUCAGUGCUAACACCCCUGAGGAUGUCAAGGCAAAUAUAAGCUCAAUUAUGGGUAUUAGAGGGUUCGAUAACUCUGGUAUUUAUUUGGGCAUUCCAAUGACUUGGGGACGGUCUAAGAAAGUGGUGUUAGCCUAUAUCCGCGAGCAUGUGGCGAAGAAGAUAAUGGGGUGGAAACAAGGCACAUUAUCAAUGGCGGGAAAGGAAGUUUUGAUCAAGGCCAUUGCCACUGCUGUCCCAGCUUAUCCUAUGAUGUGUUUUAAAUUCCCCAAGGUGGUGUGCAAUGAGAUCAGUAGCGAUAUUGCGAAAUUCUGGUGGGGAAAAUCAGAAGGCGGCAACGGCAUACACUGGAAAUCUUGGAAGGCUUUGUGUUUGGCAAAGGGGGAUGGGGGUCUUGGCUUUAGAGACCUUGCGGAAUUUAAUCUGGCUCUACUUGCUAAACAGAGUUGGAGAAUCAUCUCUACUCCUAAUGCCUUAUGGGUUCGAAUUCUAAAAGCGAGGUACUAUCCUGAUUGUGAGUUUAAGGAUGCUGUUUUGGGUCACAGACCAUCUUGGAUAUGGACGAGUAUUCUAGAGGGAAGAUAUGCUUUAAUGGGCAGGGCCAGAGUCCAGAUCAUGAAUGGUGCAGAUACAAAUAUUUGGGGUGACAAUUGGAUUCCUGAUAAUGGCAUUAUUACACCAAUCACUCACGUCCCUCCUAAUGCUCCCCAAAUGGUUUCAGAUAUUAUCAAUUUGCAUAAUCGAACUUGGAGUUUGGACAGGGUGAGUAGUUAUCUGAGUUGGGAAACUCAAAAGCAGAUCUUUGCCAUCCCCAUCGGUCCUUCAGGGCAGCGGGAUAAGCUUGUUUGGCCUUGGACUUCGAACGGUCUAUAUUCAGUAAAAUCCGGAUAUCACUGUUUGCAGUCGGCUCACCGUUACUUAGCAUCUGGGAGUUCGCAUUCUUCUCAUUUCAUCUCAAACCGAAUAUGGAAAGCAAUUUGGAGUGUUCGCACCCUGCCUAAGGUACGCAUGUUCUUAUGGAGAUGUAUGUCCAAUGCUAUCCCAACGCGGGUUAACUUAUUCAGGAGGAAAAUUACUGCCUCUCCUAUGUGCGGCCUCUGCGAUCAAUACGAAGAAUCCAUCGAACACGCUCUACUUCUCUGCCCCUGGGCUCAAGCUGUGUGGUUUGGAUCUCCAAUGACGUUAAGAAUUGAUACUCAAAGCUUUAGCACUCUGGAUGUUUGGCUGAAUAGUAUUCUGGACUUGAGAACUGAAUCAAAAAUGGCUGAAUAG